GCCUGCAGCAGUAAUCGGACAACUCUCGUUCUUGCUCGGAGUCUGUCUCUUGAGAUCUAGUACGGGGCUCCAUGACUUUUCACCCUUAAAAUGAAAAAGAAAAAAGUUGUCUUUUAUCGCUAAUCUGCGCGUUUAAAGUCAACUCUGAGAGAAGUUUCUUUUUAAAAAAAAAACUUCUUUAUUUGCUCUGGAACGGACAGACACUCAACGGAAGAUUGCAAAACAGGGAGGAAUAAAAGAAAAAGUGCAAGGAUUCUACCAUAAUUGUAGUCUAUGGAAAUGCAGGAUCUAGCUAGUCCACACAGCCGAGUAAGUGGAAGCAGUGAGUCCCCAAACGGUCCCAACAUCGACAACUCACAUAUAAAUAACAAUUCCAUGACACCAAAUGGAACUGAAGGUGAUAACAUCACUAUGCUUACCACAGCUGACUGGUUGUUAAGUUCUAGUUCACAGUCUGCUGCAGUUAAAACAGAGCCAAUGAGCAGCAGUGAAAUCGCCACCUCUGUAGCAGACGGCUCUCUAGACAGCUUCUCAGGAUCAGGCAUUGGAACCAGUGGCUUCAGCCCAAGACAAACUCACCAGUUCUCUCCCCAGAUUUACCCUUCCAACAGACCCUAUCCACACAUUCUUCCGACUCCUUCCGCCCAAAAUAUGGCCGCGUACGGACAGACGCAAUAUACCACAGGAAUGCAGCAGUCUGCUGCCUAUGGCACGUACCCUCAGCCAGGCCAGCCCUAUGGGAUUUCAGCCUAUGGUCCAUUGUGGGCAGGCAUCAAGACAGAGGGCGGACUGACCCAGGCUCAGUCUCCAGGCCAGAGCGGCUUCCUCAGCUACAGUUCCAGCUUCUCCACGCCUCAGACGGGACAAGCACCCUACAGUUACCAGAUGCAAGGAGGCAGUUUUACAACAACUUCAGGGCUGUACGCUGGAAGCAAUUCCCUCACAAACUCGACUGGAUUCAAUAGUACACAACAGGACUACCCCUCCUACCCAGCUUUUGGCCAGAGUCAGUAUGCGCAGUAUUACAACAGUAGCCCUUACACUUCUCCAUACAUGACCAGUAACAACACCAGCCCCACCACACCCUCCACCACUGCCACCUACACCCUACAGGAACCUCCAUCAGGGGUCACCAGCCAGCCCCUCUCAGAGCAACCGGCAGUAGAGUACAGUACAAUCCAGAGUCCAUCAACCCCCAUUAAAGAUUCAGAUUCAGAUCGAUUGCGUCGGGCUUCAGAUGGAAAGUCACGUGGCCGGGGAAGGAGGAACAAUAACCCAUCCCCACCUCCCGACUCUGACCUUGAGCGCGUGUUCAUUUGGGACUUGGAUGAAACAAUCAUCGUUUUCCAUUCCUUGCUCACGGGAUCUUACGCCAACAGAUUCGGAAGGGAUCCACCAACGUCAGUGUCAUUGGGACUAAGAAUGGAAGAGAUGAUCUUCAACUUGGCCGACACACAUUUCUUCUUCAACGACUUGGAGGAGUGUGAUCAGGUCCAUAUUGACGACGUGUCAUCGGACGACAACGGGCAGGAUCUAAGUACAUAUAAUUUUAGCACAGACGGAUUCCACGCUGCUGCCACUAGUGCCAACCUGUGUCUGGCCACCGGCGUGCGAGGAGGUGUGGACUGGAUGAGAAAGCUGGCCUUCCGCUACAGACGAGUAAAAGAAAUUUACACCACCUAUAAAAAUAACGUCGGAGGUCUGCUUGGCCCAGCCAAAAGGGAAGCCUGGUUGCAAUUGCGAGCAGAAAUUGAAGCCCUGACCGACUCCUGGUUAACACUGGCACUGAAAGCACUAACAUUAAUCCACUCAAGAUCAAACUGUGUGAACAUCUUAGUGACCACAACACAGCUCAUACCUGCCCUCGCCAAGGUCCUCCUCUACGGACUGGGAGUAGUAUUUCCAAUUGAAAAUAUUUAUAGCGCCACGAAAAUAGGAAAAGAGAGCUGCUUCGAGAGAGUAAUCCAGAGGUUCGGAAGGAAAGUUGUUUAUGUGGUGGUGGGGGACGGUGUGGAGGAGGAGACAGGGUCGAAAAAGCACAACAUGCCUUUCUGGAGGAUCUCUAGUCACUCUGACCUCAUGGCUCUACAUCAUGCUCUGGACCUGGAGUACUUGUAGCACUGUGACGGCCCUGUCGCUCUGUCCCAGGCCGUGCGGGGGCCCUGCAGACCCAUACCCAGCACCGUCAGCCUGCUGCGUCGCCCGAUCCUCUGCGUUCCGACAGCACCAGACCAAAAACAAAAUCGUUCACACACAUAACGUAGAGAGAGAGCAACACGCUCAGCGUGUUGACACAUGGCCGCAAUUCGUCUUAACCCUAAACCUUUUUCGAAGUGGAGGAGAGUGAAUUUAUGGCUCUGCAGCUGCUGGCCCUGGUUACUGUGAAUUGGCUUUUUUUCCGAAGCCAUCAAAAUGUUUUACAGCCCUGUGUACGCAGGGGACUCGGCAAGGGUUCACACCUGUGACAAAAACUGAGCUACCGAUGCCUUUGGAACUCAGCAGGACUCCGAUCCCACUGCGACUUGGUGUAAUGCUUUGUCUCUUUAUGUCUCAACCGAUGGUACAAAGA